CAAGCUCUUCUUGAGCUGUUUGUUCUUCCUCUCUCUCAAUUUUUUUUCUUCUGCAACUUUCUCUGCAAAAUAUAUAUAUAAACUCUCCCUUUUUAGCAUCAUAAUCAUGGGGUUCAUAGGAUGUCUUGGCCGUUUCUUUCAUAAUGCAAAGCCUUACAUCGGAGUCAUCUCCCUCCAAUUCGGCUACGCCGGUAUGAACAUCAUCUCGACCGUCUCCCUCAACCGAGGCAUGAGCCACUACGUCCUCGUCGUCUACCGCCACGCCUUCGCUACCGCUGCUGUCGCUCCUUUCGCUCUCGUUCUCGAGAGGAAAGUGAGACCCAAGAUUACAUUUAAGAUCUUCAUUGAGAUGUUUGUUUUGGGUCUUCUUGGACCAUUGAUCGAUCAGAACUUUUACUAUGUGGGGCUCAAAAUGACAUCCCCAACUUUCUCUUGUGCCAUAAGCAACAUGCUUCCUGCAAUGACAUUCGUGAUGGCAGUACUUUGCAGGAUGGAGAAGCUGGACUUAAGGAAAGUGAGAUGCCAAGCAAAGUUGUUUGGGACAAUAGUAACGGUGAUGGGAGCCAUGUUGAUGACAUUUUACAAAGGGAGUGUGAUCAACUUCUUCUGGACUGGGCACGGCAGUCACGUGAGCUCGCCGCCUCCGGCCAACGCGGCGCUUGACCACCACAACGACGGAGAGUUCAUCAAGGGCUCCAUUUUGCUCAUCAUCGCCACUCUGGCUUGGGCUGCCUUCUUCAUCCUUCAGGUCAUAACCCUGAGAAAAUACACCGCUCAUCUUUCGCUGACCGCCAUGGUUUGCUUUUUGGGUACCCUUCAGGCCAUCGUCGUCACCCUUGCCAUGGAACACCGCCGCUCCGCCUGGGCCAUCGGCUGGGACUUGAACCUUCUCGCCGCCGCUUAUGCGGGGAUUGUGACAUCUGGAGUGGCAUAUUAUGUGCAAGGUUUGGUUAUGAAGACAAGAGGGCCAGUUUUUGUCACAGCUUUCAGUCCUCUGAUGAUGGUGAUUGUUGCCUUCAUGGGCUCUCUCAUCCUUGCUGAGAAGAUUUACGUUGGAGGGAUAAUUGGAGCAGUGCUGAUUGUAAUAGGGCUGUACUCUGUUUUGUGGGGGAAAUACAAAGAAAGCAAAGAGAAGAAGGAAGGUGGAGAAAUUGUUGAAGCAGUGAAAGGUGGAGAAUUAUUGCCUGUAAUAAAUGAAGACAUUAUUGAAGCAAUCCAAAAGAAACAAGCUUUGGCCAUUAACAUUCCACCCAUGGCUGGACCCAACAUGGAAAACAAGCUUCAAACCACUAAUCAGCCAAAUUAAGGAUAACAAAGCUGAGACACAAUUAUCUUGGAGAACAAUAACACAGAAAUUGGCCAUCAAGAAGGGAGGAGAAGAAUUAAUCAACAACUCCUUUCUUUUUUCUUUUUUUCUUCUUCUUUUUAUAGACUUUAGUUUUUUUCUCUCUCUUUUUGGUUGGAUAUGUGAGCCUAAAAUAUUGGGUGCCCUUUUGUUUCCUAGUUUUCUACAUGUAAUCUCAAAAUAUCCUUCAAGUUAGAGAAGAGAAUGAGAAGAAAAAAUUUGAAAAAAGAAA